UGUGUGUGUAUGUGUGUGUGUGUGGGAAGGGCACUGUCUUGGAUUUGUCUUGGAUCUUCAGCAAACAGGAAGAGAUAAAGCUAGAUAUAUUUUUGUAAAAUAAUACAUAAAUAACAGCACAACCAUGCCAGGAAUUGACAAACUGCCGAUAGAAGAAGCACUGGAGGACAGUCCUCAGACUCGCUCCCUGCUUAGUGUGUUUGAGGAAGACACGUUUGCUGUAUCCAGCUACUACCAUCAACUCUACAAGGCCAUGCAAAGAAUAUAUGAUGCACAGAAUGAACUGAGCGCUGCGACACACCUGACAUCCAAGUUACUGAAGGAGUAUGAAAAACAGCGUUUUCCGCUUGCCGGUGACGAUGAGGUCAUGAGCUCGACUUUGCAGCAGUUUGCCAAAGUCAUUGAUGAGCUCAGCUCCUGUCACGCCGUCUUGUCCACUCAGCUAGCAGAUGCCAUGAUGUUCCCCAUCACUCAGUUCAAAGAGCGGGACUUAAAAGAAAUCCUCACUUUGAAGGAAGUGUUCCAAAUAUCCAGCGAUGAUCUCGACACGGCCAUCAACAGGUACAGUCGGCUGUCUAAAAAGAAAGAGAAUGAGAAAGUGAAGGCUGAAGUCAUGGAAGAUGUUUACACUUCAAGGAAAAAGCAGCACCAGACCAUGAUGCACUACUUCUUAGCACUUAAUACGCUACAGUAUAAGAAAAGGAUCGCUCUGUUGGAGCCGCUGCUGGGGUACAUGCAGGCACAGAUCAGUUUCUUCAAACUUGGAUCAGAGAACCUCACACAGCAAUGGGAGGACUUCAUGACCAACAUCGGAACCAGUGUACAAAAUGUGCGUAGGGAGAUGGACAGCGAGGUGGACACAAUGCAGCAGACCAUCCAGGAUCUGGAGCAGGCCAGUGAUAUGCUGUACAUGCCCGACCCUGACCCUAACAAAAUCCCAAUCAACCGCAACCUGACGCGCAAAGCCGGAUACCUCAACACUCGCAAUAAAACGGGUCUGGUAUCGUCCACCUGGGAGCGGCAAUAUUUCUUCACACAAGGAGGAAACCUUAUGAGUCAGUCUCGAGGAGACGUGGCAGGGGGGCUGGUCAUGGACAUAGAUAACUGUUCCGUCAUGGCGGUGGACUGUGAGGAUCGGCGCUUCUGCUUCCAGAUCUCUGCUUUCGAUGGCAAAAAGAAUGCCAUUUUACAAGCUGAUAGCAGAAAGGAUUGUGAAGAGUGGAUUGCAACAAUCAAUAACAUCUCCAAGAGGAUAUAUCUUAGUGAGAAGCCUGAGGAAACUGCUGCCAGAGUCAACCAGUCGGCUUUGGAGGCUGUGACGCCAUCGCCUUCAUUCCAGCAGCGGCAUGAGAGUUUUAGACCCAGCACGCAAAGUCGACCCCGAGCAGCCAGGACUGGCAGUCAGAGCUCCGCAGGUUCCGACUCUCCCGCUCUCUCCUCGCUGUCUUUGGACUCCCUGGUGGCUCCAGACACCCCCAUUCAGUUCGAUAUCAUAUCCCCAGUCAGUGAAGAGGCCACACCGCAGGCUAAAGGUGCUGCCCAGGGCAGAAGAACAAACCCAUUUGGAGAGUCUGGAGAGGUGCAGUCUGGAGACAAUGAAGACUCCAUCCUGCACCAGCUCUUUAUUGUGCGCUUCCUGGGAUCCAUGGAAGUGAAGGCUACAGAGAACCCAGAUGUCAUCUACGAGACGAUGAGGCAGAUCCUGGCAGCCCGAGCAAUCCACAACAUCUUCAGAAUGACCGAGUCCCAUCUGCUAGUCACGUGCGACUGCCUGAAGCUCAUUGACCCUCAAACACAAGUCACAAGAUUAAGGUUCCCUCUGUCCAGCGUGGUGAUGUGCGCAUCGCAUCAAGACAACAAGCGUCUGUUCGGCUUUGUGUUACAUACGGCUGGCGGCCGAGUUGACGGUCGUCCUGUCACUGUCUGCUACAUCUUUGAGUCUAAUAAUGAUGGAGAGAAGAUCUGUGACAGUGUGGGACUGGCGAAACAGAUAGCCCUUCAUUCAGAAAUGGAUCGCAAAGCCAAUCAGAAGCAGAGAGAGCUGGAAAAGGUCAAGGAGAAGCAGCAAGAAGAGCUGACUAAACAGAAACAGAUUGAAAAGGACCUGGAGGAACAAAGCCGUCUGAUAGCCGCCUCUAGUCGUCCAAACCCACCAACCACAGAUGGACAAUUUCUCGUCCUCAGCAAGAGCCAAUCAGAAGACAGCGAUGUCGGGGAUGAGGGGCGGAAAAGGGGUGAAUCUGAUGCAUGAGAGUAAAGUUGGUCUCUACCUGGACUCACCUUAAACACUUAAUCCUAACGACAUUUCCUUUUAAAGGAAAUUAGUUUUUUUUUUCCACCAAAAUGACUGCAGAAUAUUAAAAAGGACACAAAUACGGGAGAAAAGAGUCAUUUUAUGGGCAGGUGGAUUGCGAGAAGCUCUAACGAGUUUAUUUUAUUGGUAUUGAAUCAUGUAUUUUGUACUUUUUUCCAUUACUGACUUGUAUCAAAAACAUACUUUAAGCAGUUUUUUUGGUCGUUGUAUAUGAAUGUGUAAAAGAGUUGAUGUACUACUAAAAACUUGAGUGUAGUAGGCGUGGAUGAAUGGGAGUUUAUUAUAUUUUAAAAGAAAUUGCACGUGUGAAUAGCUUAUAUAAAAGAAGGACUUGUACUAAUACUGUAAAUUUCACUUUAUGCUUUAACAUGCCUGCAUGAAAUUCAGCUUGUGUCAAAUCUAAAUCAGUAACCGAAUUGUAUUGGUUUUAAAUCUAACCAGAUUCUGUCUUGUUUAAUUAAAUUAAAAAAAUAUAUAUAAUGAAAUCCUGUAAAUUCCCAAUUAACUGUGAUUAUUAUUGAAUAUUGUGUUAAUGCAAUGAAAAUAUGUAGUUACAAAAGUGGGAGUUUUCAGGGGAUUUUUUUUUUUUUAUAAAAAAGUUUACAGUUGUACAACAUUGUUUAAAAGGUCAAUUGGAUUUAGACAACAUUUCAAUAUAUGCCAUUUCUUUAACAACAUAAAUAUAUGUUUGUAUACAUAAUUUUCACAAACUAUUUGUUGGUUUCUGGCACUUAAUAUCUAAUCAUACUUUGUAAUUAACAUACUGUAAUAACAAUGCAAAUGUACUUCAUUUAAGCCACAUGUUUGUUAAAUCUUAAUCCUUCUGUACCAAGAAGUCCUUCUGGGAGUGUUAUUGUGUGAUUCUAUUGUGGUAAAGUUUGUUGUCAAAAGUGGUGUAAAUGUAAAUGUGUUUUUUUUUUUUUACAAAAUGGCCCUAAAAUUGUGAAGUGCACUUGAGACAUGUAUAAAAACGCCCAGUUGCUGUGACUAAUGAUCAACCAACUAGUGGACAUAUAAUUCAUAUAUGGAUCAUGGAUGUCCUUCAUAAUAAUAAUAAUUUAUAUCAUGAUCCUUCUCUGUGGUAGACUCAGAAGGUGUUGUGGAAAUGUGUGAAGGCGAACAGAAGAAAUAUAUUUCUUUAUUUGAUUAAGGUUUUAAGGAUUAUACAGAAGGUUGAUUUUAUAUUAUUAAGCUCUGUGUUAAGAUUAUGUAAUAAUAAUACCAACAUUACAUGUACACUUUGAACUUA